GAGAAAUGACAUAAACCAAACAUGUAUUGAAAAUGCAUUGAAAAGACAUUUUCCUAUUAGCUUUACCAAUAUAUAUAUAAUAGAAGUAAAUAGAAUUUUGAGCGGUUAAAGUUAACCAAUUCUUCUCUUCUUCUUCGUCAUCAUCCUCCGCUGCUCAUAAAUCCCCAAAUAAUUUACCUCAGUUCCCAAUCGAUCUGAAUCUCUUGGUUUCUCCGUUUUCCGGCGACUUUUCUACCGGAGCUUCUCCAUUUUCCGGUUUGUGAUGAGCUAAGUUAUAGGUAUUUUCACUUUGUGAAUUCUGUGGGAAAUGAGUGUUGAAAGAUGAAGAAAGUGAAGAGGAAGCUUGGGAAGUAUGAGCUUGGUAGAACUAUUGGGGAAGGCACUUUUGCCAAAGUUAAGUUUGCACAAAAUACCGAGACGGGGGAGAAUGUUGCCGUUAAAAUCUUGGCGAAAAGCACCAUUCUUAAGCACAGAAUGGUUGAGCAGAUCAAGAGAGAGAUAUCUAUAAUGAAGAUUGUUAGACAUCCUUGCAUAGUUCGGCUUCACGAGGUUUUAGCUAGCCAGACAAAAAUAUAUAUCAUUCAGGAGUUUGUCACUGGAGGAGAGCUUUUUGAUAAAAUUGUUCUUCAAGGUAGGAUUUCUGAUGAUGAAGCGAGGCGGUACUUUCAACAACUCAUAGAUGCAGUUGCUCAUUGUCACAGUAAGGGUGUUUAUCACCGAGAUCUGAAGCCUGAAAAUUUGCUUCUUGAUUGCCAAGGGAACUUAAAAGUUUCUGACUUUGGGCUUAGUGCAUUGCCUCAACAAGGUGUCGAGCUCCUCCAUACCACUUGUGGGACUCCAAAUUAUGUUGCACCUGAGGUGUUAAGUAACCGAGGUUAUGAUGGUGCCGCUGCUGAUGUGUGGUCAUGCGGUGUCGUUCUUUAUGUUCUGAUGGCAGGAUAUCUUCCAUUUGAUGAGGCAGACCUUCAUACCUUGUAUACAAAGAUCAAUGCUGCUGAUUUUUCCUGUCCAUUUUGGUUUUCUCUUGGUGCAACAUCAUUGAUUCGAAAAAUUAUUGAUCCAAAUCCUCGAACACGGAUCAAGAUUGAAGGGAUAAGACGAGACCCUUGGUUCCGGAAAAACUACGUGCCUGUUAGAGCCAAGGCAGAUGAAGUAGUGAAUCUUGAUGAUGUCCGUGCUGUGUUCGAUGACAUUGAGGAUGCAUUUGUAAGUGAAAAAUCUGAAAAUAGUGACAGUGGCCCCUUGGUAAUGAAUGCAUUUGAGAUGAUAACACUAUCGCAGGGAUUGAAUCUAUCUGCCUUGUUUGACAGGCGUCAGGAUUAUGUUAAGCGUCAAACUCGAUUUGUUUCCCGCCAACCUGCUAAAGUCAUCAUUACAACGAUUGAAGCAGCAGCAGAGUCGUUGGGUCUUAAGGUCCACACACGCAAUUACAAGACAAGAAUUGAGGGGGUAACGGCAAAUAAGGCUGGUCAAUUUGCUGUUGUGAUGGAGGUUUUCCAAGUAGCGCCCUCCCUUUUCAUGGUUGAUGCUAGAAAAGCUGCUGGGGACACCCUUGAAUAUCACAAGUUCUACAAAACCUUCUGUACGAAAAUUGACGACAUCAUUUGGAAACCAAAGGAUGGCAUGUCAAAAGCUGCUCUGCUUAGAACAAUGACUCGCUGAACUGGAUUUCUGGAAAAGAAGUGAAUCACUAAGCAUUGUGAUGUGUAAUGAAGAUGUUCCAAUUUCGCUAUCUGCCUUGUCUUGCAUACUACAUCAUCAUCGGAUUGGUAAAGUAUCUGCGUGGUUUCAUGUGGUGAAUUCCCCUACCCGAUCCUCUGUACCCUCUCUAAAUCUUUGUAAUUGCUCGUCUUACUGUUAAAUCUCGGUCUUAUUGCAUAGAAAUAAGUGUGAACUUCCGAGAUAUCUUACAGUAAGAUAGCAACUACAUAUCUUUAGUGCUCUGCAAUUUGUAAAUCACGGGCUUGAAAGCAAUGGUGUUGACAACUAGAUAUAUGCUAGUAGUAAAAAGAGUAGCAUUUCAUAUUUUGUUUGCUUUUCCAA